GUGUAAUCAAUGUCUUGGCUAUCAGAUCUAGCUAAUAAAGCAGAGAAUUUUCUCAAUACCUUGGAUAGUUCAGCUGCAGAAGUUCUCAAGUCAACUGAUGAACACUAUUAUCCUGGUAGUGAUGAUCAUAGUGAUGUUGUGAACAAGUAUAGUUUAAAACAUCCUUAGAUUUGGAUUCCAGCAUCAAUUCAUCUACUCGUUCAAGAUAUGAUUUGCCAAUUACAAUUAAACCUAUCGAGAUGUUAAAUAUUACCGCCUUACAAUCUGUAGAAGAAGGCAGUCAAUGUUCAACUGUUAAUUUUACUACCAGAAAUAAUUGUUCAUUAGAUAUAUCAAGACUGAAUAAUGAGGUUUAUGGGGAAUCUCGAGAACAAAAUAAAAGUUGCAAGAAAGCAACUAUUAUGGAAAAGAAAUUAGACGAUUCGGAUCUUUUCAACUUUUUAAAUAAUCAUACAAAAGUGAACAAUACAGUCUCUAGUAGUAGUAGUAGUUCAGUGAAUCAAAUGGAUACAAGAAAUGAUUCUUCUUUAUCUAUUGUUAAUCAAUUUGAAGAAGAUCAAAGUAGUGGAUAUGAAACAUCUUUAUCAACAAAAACCUUUAAUUCACCUAUGAAAAUAAUUGAUAAUAUAAAUAAUUCUAAAGGAGAAACAGUAAUAACACCGACAACAACAACAACAACAACAAAUGGAUUACUUCAAUCUGAAAUCGGUAUACAUAAAUCAAUAGUGUUAAACAACAACUCAACUGAACAAUUAACAUUAAAUAUGAGUAGUAAUCAUUCAUCAAUUGUCAAUGAUCUUCGUUUAGAGAAUAAACUAUUACGUAGUGAAGUUUCAUCAUUAAAUCAAGAAGUUUCUGGUUUAUUACGACGUAAUCAUAAAGCUUCAGAGGAAAUUAAACAAUUAACUGGUCAGGUUGAUCGACUCAAUAGUCAAUUGAAAGAUUCAGAUACACGUGUUCGUGAAUUACAAAUUCAAUUGAAAGAAAUUCAAUUAACAAACAAAUCAAAUGAAAAUAAUAACAAUAUUAUUGAACAAUUAGAAAUGAAAUUGAAGAAAAUUAAAUCAGAAUUGUCAACUGUACAAAGUGAUUUAUGUUAUGCACAAUCACAAUUGGAUAAAAAUAAACUGACAAUUAAUACACUGGAAGCCAGUCUUCAUGAAUCUCGUCAGCAAGCUUUAAUUGCAGAUAAAAGAACUGAAUUAGCUCAAAAUGACAAUCUUCGAUUGGCACGUGAAUUAACUCAAUAUAAGGAAAAAGCUAAUCACAUUUUAUCGAUGAAAGAACGCGUGAUUGCUUCAUUACGUGGUCAAGAUUUAAGCUGUGAAGGUUCAAAAAAUAUUCAUGAUAAUGAAGAAGAUAAUUCUGAGAAUGAAUUAAUUAAUUCUAUGCGUGCCGAAUGUGAUUUAUUACGUGAAGAAGCUAGUCGAUGGCGUCUUGAAGUGGAUCAUAAAGAAAUGGCAAUACAAGAGUUAGAAUUACAAAUGCAAACAGAACGCGAAUCAUUACGACGUAAUAUUGAAUUAUCUGAAGAACAAGCAGAACGAGAAAAACAGCUUAGAGAAGAUGCUGAUACUGAGUUGGCACAAUUACGACAAUCAUUACGUGAAAUUGAAGAGACAUUCAGUCAUCAGAAAGCUGAUUUACACACUAAACUAAUAUCAAGUGAAUCAGAAUUGAAUCGAUUAAGGCAACUCGCUAGUGCUGCCAGUAGCAGUAGCAGUAGCAGUAAUAGUAAUAAGUCACCCAAUCGAAAUGAUCCUGAGAAUAUCUUUACUUUGGAAUCACGUAUCAGACAGUUAACGGAUAAUCUCCUGUCGAAACAAGAUGCUUUAGAUUCAGUUCUAGCACAGAAUCAUGCUUUAAAGAUUCGACUUGAUCAUGUUAUGAAUGAUAAUGAAUCACUUGUCUCAGCCCUAUCUUCGGAUGAUAAUAAUCAAUCGGUAUUGGAAAAUGGCAGAUCUUAUCAUUCUGUUGGAUAUACCUGUAAUCGACUUAAUUUACAUGAUACACCUAUACCGAGACAAUUAAGAUUAUUAGCCUAUCGAAUUGAUAAUUUUGGUAUACGUGUAGUGAAUACUUUACGACGUUUUCCAAUGAUUCGUUCAAUUUUAUUAUGUUAUAUAUUGAUGUUACAUAUUUGGAUAUUGAUUCGAUAUUUCUUACCUGUGAAUAAUAUGAAAAUUGAUGGCGGCCAUGGUAGUGACAUCAACAGUAGCAGCAGCAGCAGCAACAAUAAAUUGACCUCGGGGAACAAUCCAUCUAUCUUAGCUCCAGUUAAUCAUAUUUCUUAAUGCUUUGAAUAAACUUUAAGUUUAUCAUCGUUACUAUGAAAUGUAUGCAUAUAUGGAUGUAUUCUUUAGAAGCGUAUUUCCUGUGAUUUUUUUCCUUUUUUUUUCUUCUGAAAAAUCUAUUUAUCAGUUAUUU